AUGACGAACUCCUUUGAAAACACAAAGCACAAAAAGCUGCAGCUGUAUCGCGCUUUUCCCAAGGUAAUGCGGUGCAUGACAAACACUCCGGUGGUGGUGCGUGAGGGGGCCACCGUGUACGCCACAGGCACCCAUGCAAAAGUAGAGGAUGGACAGCUUCUGGAGCUGCUGAUGGCCAGUGUAGGAUACUGCACUGAGGUAGAGGAGGACCUGAUCGAUGCCGUCACCGGUCUCAGCGGCAGUGGUCCUGCUUACGCAUUUACGGCUGUAGAUGCUCUUGCUGAUGGUGGAGUGAAAAUGGGCCUUCCCAGGAGACUGGCUGUACGCCUCGGAGCCCAAGCCUUGCUGGGAGCUGCUAAAAUGCUGUUAGACUCAGAUCAACACCCUGGCCAGCUCAAGGACAAUGUGUGUUCACCAGGGGGCGCCACCAUCCACGCCCUGCACGUCAUGGAGAGUGGUGGCUUCCGCAGCCUCCUUAUCAACGCUGUAGAGGCAUCCUGUGUUAGGACUAGGGAACUUCAGUUUUUGGCCGACCAAGAGAAAAUCUCCUCAGCUGCCAUUAAGAAGACAACUCUGGACCAAGUGUUGCAGCAGCCAGGAUUGAUUCCAGAGGGUGUCGGAGUCAAAUCUCAUGGGAUCAGUAUGUUCCACAGCAGUAAGCCCAGGACCAGAAAGAAGUGAUUUAUUGUCAAGCUUUGAAACAGUACAUUUGAUAUGCUCUGCAUUUUAUGCUGUGAAUUAACCACUACUGGCAGAUGUUGUGGGAACAAAAUAUAACCUUCGGGUUAUGUUUUUAUAAUAAAACAUCAAUAUUUGGGAUGAUGCUGUAAAAACUGUGUAAGCUAUAUUUCUUUCUCUAAAUAAUUUUCCUUUGUCAGGCGUGGAGACUAGCCUAUAAUAACGGUUGCAAUAUCUGUUGUUACUAUGGCUUUAACAAAUUCAGUCAGGCAUCGCUGGUGUUAGUUGGCCAAGUUAGUUUUACUAAAUAACAAUGUCUUUCAGUGGUAUGCAGUAAAUCAGUGAGCCCUUAUUCCCUGAAAGUGCAAUUACAAAUACACGUGUAUUUAUGCAAUCCCACAAUUACUUUGUUAAAUAAAAAUGUAAAUUGCAUAUUAUGAUGAAAUGAAACUGUUAGGUUGUAUGGUUUUAUUAAUAAAAAACAAAUAAUAA